AUGAACAUGUCCAGCAGUUCUGCUCUGAUCCAGCAGAUCUAUCCCUUCCAUGAUGGCUGGAAUGUUGCCUGCUUCAUCAUUCUCCUUCUCUUCAUCCUCACCAUCCUCUCCCUCGCCACACUGGCAUUCCUCUACGAGCUGCUGGACUGCGGAUGCUUCACCAAAACCAAAACUGUUCGUGAUCUGCGCCGCCAGCACGAAGAGGUGGUUUAGUUGUAACCAUGGUGACAGCGGACACGGUCUCCAAAGAAACCGCAACAGUAGAUUGGUGGAAAAGGCUGUAAAUUUGGACAGAGCUCUUCGCCAGAAUGGAGUCCUUUAAAAACAGGCCAGAUAUGUACAGAGACAGAAGCACUCUACUCCCAUUUGCUCCAACAGCAAUAGCACAGGUGUCUUGAUGGCUUAAAAUAUUAAAUGAGAUUUACAUCAGAAAGAAAGGAAAUAUUUGCUUUUGUGUGCACGUCAUGGUUUCCUUUGCAUAUAGUCAGUAUUCCAGUACUAUUGUGUAAUGAGUCGACUAUAUAAAACUGUUGAAUAUUUUGAGAUGUGUUUACAUGAAUAUUUCCCUUUGUGUGGGAUGACAAACAGAUUACAUGUCAGCAUUGUGGAAUUCAUAAACUACAUACAGUAUGAAUUGACUACUUAAAGCAAAUAUUCACACACUACAGUUGGAGUAAAGGGAACGUUUAUAUGUGUAUAUUUACAUUCACUGUUAGAUGAGAUUUAAUAUGUGAAUAAUUGUUAUGUAUAAUAAUAGUUCUAUAUUCAAAAUCAAACUAAAGGCCAAUUAUUGCAUCUUUGCAAAUGCCUUAAAAUUGUGUAAUUAAAAUUCUGUAAUAAAAAUCAUAAGCACAAAAAAUGUGUGGUUUGCAUUAGGUUUACAGAAGAUAUCAUGAGCUGAUAAAAGUAAAUAUAAAAAUUAAAAUCAGGCCUGUCCUUGAGCACCCUGAUCACAUACAGGACCUAGACUACACAGCUAAUCAGUGGUGCAGCUGCUGAAUAUAACAGAAGAAAAAGCAAGACAAUUCUACUGGCCUAAAAUUCACAAGUCAUCAUGAGAGCUAGAUAUAAUUUGUUUGUUAUUUUUAGUGACAUUCACAAUUUUCAAUGUAGCUGGUUUUUGGUUCUUUAAUAUCAGGUGUACCAAUAAAUGGCACUUUUUGACAUCCAACAACACUAA